AUUCUAGCAGCUCUCAGCUCUGCGGCGUGUUGGCUACAGUCCUCCACCAGCGGCAUGAAGCUAGGAGCCUUCCUUCUCUUGGUGUCCCUCGUCACCCUCAGCCUGGAGGUACAGGAGCUUCAGGCUGCAGUGAGACCACUGCAACUUCUAGGCACCUGCGCUGAGCUCUGCAGAGGUGACUGGGACUGUGGGCCAGGGGAGAAAUGUGUCAGCAGUGGAUGCAGUAGCAUCUGUGCUACAAAUUAAGAACAG